AUGGCUCAGGACAGCGACGACCAUGCACAGGUGAUUGUGAUUGGCGCUGGAUUGUCGGGCCUCACAGCCGCCUCGGAGCUACAGCGCCAGGGCAUCGACGUCAUCGUGCUCGAGGCAUGCCCAACCAUCGGCGGCCGCUCCAAAUCAACCACCACCAAGCUCGGGUCGCACAUUGACCUCGGAGGCCAAUGGAUUGGGCACGGCCAUGACCGCUUCACUGCGCUGGUUCAGAAGGCCGGGGGCACCAUUUACAAGACCUUCACGCGCGGCUUGCCGCUGAUUGUUCGCGACCGUCGCACCGUGUCCAUCUUUUCGCCGUCGGCACUUCUGUCGCUUUUCUAUCUCGCCAUCUUCGAAGUCAUGAGCAAGGUCUAUGUUCCGCAAAGCUGGGUCUCGCUCACAGUGGACAAGGCCAUUGAAACCAUGGCCCCAACGCAACUCGCACGACAACUCCUCCGCCUCCUGGUCGCUGUCACGUCCACCGCCGAUCUGGCCAACUUCUCCAUGUACAGCUAUGCCAAAAGUAUUCCCCUAUGCGGCGGCUUGAUAGACAUGAUGGGCACAGCGGGCGGAGCGCAAGACAGCCUGAUUGUGGAAUCCACCGGCAUCGCUACCUCCAUGCUAGCCGGAGAGCUCUCCCGCAAGGUAAUAACCAACACGCCCGUGACGAGUGUGUCACAGGUUGGAAGCAAGGGAGUCAAGGUAGGAACAGCGUCAGGGAGGCAGUUCCGCGCCAGCAAGGUCAUCGUCACAGUCCCGCCGCCCAUGUGGAAGAGCAUCACGUUCGAGCCUGCGUUGCCCGCUGAACGUCUGGCGGUCCAACGAAACACCCGCAUGGGCAUCGUCUACAAAGCUUUUGCUAUUUAUGAGGAGCCUUUCUGGCGCGAGGGAUUAGGCGGCGAAAUCCUGAUGCUCGAUGACCCGGCUUUCGGUGUGUUCGACUCUACCUCACCUGGAGGGCCGGGCCAUCUGUGCAUCUUGGUGCCCGGUUCUCCUGCGCACCAGCUCGACAAGCUGAGCGCUGAUGAGCGACGCGACUUUCUGCUGUCUCGACUCGUGCCACAUCUGGGCCGUCGCGUGCUCCAGCCUGUGGACUGGCACGACAAGGCCUGGCAUUUGGACGAGCACUGUGGCGGCGGCUACAUGGCAUUCCCGGUCGCUGGCACUACGGAGGGUAUUCUGCCGAUGCCUCACGAGCCGAUUGGCAAUCUGCACUGGGCAGGAACAGAGACGUCGCCGGACCAUCCUGGAUAUUUCGAAGGUGCCAUACAGUCGGGCGAGCGGGUGGCCCAGGAGGUUGUUGGCGUUCUUCGCGGAGUCAAGGAUGGGAAAUGA